UCCGUCGACAGCCGUUGUUCGGGCGUGUGUUUGUUUACAUCCCGUGUGUGUGUCUGGUUUUAAUCUGUAACUGUAUCUUAAAGUAGUUCAACAUGUCCUCUAAGUGGAACAGAAAAGCAGAGAUUGAGCUUUAUCGAUCCCCGGUGAUCGAAGACUGUGAGAAUCUGCUGAGUCUCUUCCAGAAAACGGACUCGGUUCGAUUCGAGGUUUUCUCCAAAAUAUGGAGAGAGAUGAACUUCUCCCACAUCUUCCACGGCGCAGUGAAACACAAGAAGCGGUCGUUCAGUCGUCUGAUCCUGGACUCGGCGUACAGCUUCCUGCUGCCUCCCUUCAGCUUCCAGAUAAGAGUGGGGGGGCUUUACCUUCUUUACAGCCUGUUCCAGAGUCAGACUGCAGCGCCUCCAGAGCCGAUCCGCUUGGCGCUGAAGGACUGGGAGCACGUGGAGAAGUUUGAGAAAGACGCGAUGGACGCUCAGCACAUGGACGUCAUUUACAUCCUCCGACAGCUGAGGCUCCAGAAAGCUUUUCACUUCAGCGCCAUGCCCACUCAGCUUGCCUUCAGAAAGCAGAGGAUGAAGGAGAGCCCGGCUCUGUGUGAGAAGUUCAUUGAGAGAGCGUCUCGUCCGCAGGAACUCAUCAACAUCGACCUGCUGGAGGAACUCUCUAAUGUCCAUGAUCUCUACGGGACCCUGAAGUCUUCUGUUUCUGAGACGUCAGAGAAUUCUUCUGUUAAUCUGAUCCGUCAAGAUCUGAUUCCUCAGCUGCGAAACACCGUGGUGGAUUUCUACAAGUGGCAGAGCAGGAAU